AUGAAACUUACCCAGAAGGCACCCCGGUUGCUGCGUGCUAAGGUAGAGACUACGCUGAAGCCCAGGAUGAGAUCUUUGCAGGACAUGGGAUUUUCUGUUACCGAAAUAGUUCAGUUGGUUUCAACAUGUCCGACUAUACUGUUACAUAAUAUCCAACCGCAGUUGAACUUCUUGAGGUCACUACUUGGUUCUAAUGAGAGGUUACUGAAAGCCUGCAGGAGGAACCGAUUUCUUCUUACUUCUAGCUUAGCUCAGAAGAUAGAGCCCAAUAUAUCUCUCUUAAGGGAAUGUGGCAUCAGCGAUGAACGCAUCGCGCGUAUGGUGGUGAUGAUGCCGGGUUUUGUUGUUCGAAAAAACAUAUUUAUUAAGGAAGUUAUCGAACAUGUUGAGGAGUUGGGUGUGCCACGUGAUUGUGCAAUGUUCCCUCAUGCACUUCUUGCUGUCUUGAACAUAAGCAGAUCUAAGUGUGAUGCUACCUUUGCAACCUUGAAGAGCUUUGGUUGGUCCCAGCCAGACAUCGUUGCCAUACUCAGGAAUAACCCUUGUGUUUGGAAACUCUCAAAGAAGAACAUAUCUGACAAGAUGACAUUCCUGAUGAAGGAAGCUGGUUGUGAGCUGCAGUAUAUCAUUUGCUAUCCUGGGAUUCUUGCAUAUAGCUUGGAGAAGAGGUUGAGACCGCGACAUGAAGUUGUAAAUUUUCUUGAGCAGAAUAAAUUUCUGGAUAAAGGACAUGGCCUUUCAUAUGUCAUGCGACUAACCGAGCAGAAGUUCAUGAACAAAUAUCUUUUCCCGUACAAGGAGAAAUUUACUGCUCUCUAUAGUUCCUAUGUUGCUGCUGUGCAGGGAAAGCACCAUGUUGUCAGCUGA